AUGCGAACUAGUAUGAAGAUAUUUGCAAACUGGAUCUUCUCAGUAAUUUAGUUCCCCUCCUGGGGAUAUGCCUCCUAUUGGCCAAGUCGGUGAAGGGGUAGGGGGUAUGACCCACAGGCACCAGACGCCUGCGGGAAAGGGAGGAGGGGACCAACUGAGAACCUGAAGCAGGACCAAGCCUUUAUUAUAGUAGGGGUCUCCCCCUCUCUCCUCCUCCACCACCUUUUUUUUUCUCUUUUUCUUUUCCUUCUUCCCUUUUUUUUUUUCCUUUUUUUUUUUUUUUUCCCUUCUCUAUCUUUUUUCCCCUUUUCCUAUUCCUUACUUUUCUUUUGUGAGAGAAUAUUUCACCAAAAGGUUCAGUAGAUUCACAGAGGAAAUGUCUUUUAACAAAAGUUAGUGUCUUCUGUACAGUGACAAGCCAAGUCCAAUGCCACUUCUUUAGUAUAGAACACAGGUAAUCCCAAUCUUCAAUUAAAAGUGUAUAUUGGCAGAAAGCUCUUUUUAAUGGAGGGGUAUUUUAGCUGAGUCUAAGCAAGGUAUUAAGCUUACAUGCAAACUGGUAUUUAGACUUGGAGAGAAUAAAGGUGAUGUAGACUUCAGCUCCACUGUUGCCAGGUUAUAUAAAGGGGUCUAAACUUGGCUAGCGUGUGUCCCAAAUGAGCAUUCAGAUGUUUAGAAAGUGGUAGUUGAGCCCAGCAGUGUCUAAUGGUGUGGUAUUGUAUGUAAGUCUGUGUUCCCAGCUUGUCUCUCUGUUAUUGCAAUUAGCCUCACAUCAGACGUAUAAGUUUUAAAUAAAUGUGGCAUAGGAAACAUCGAUAUUCUCUCUUACCUCCUCAUCAAUCUCCCCUUACAGAGCUGAACAUCAGUUAAAAUGCACUUUUUUCGCUGGGAAGUAUCGGGUGCUGUGGUGACGAUGCGGUCAGUGAGGCCGCAAGAUGGCGGGUAUUCGCGCCAAAAUGUUUCUUGCUCAGUGUCGCUCCCAGGGCUUAUCUAUGGCCGCAAAGUACUCCAGAUCGCAACCAGCCGCAGUCGGAGCUAUCACAGCUGGCUCAAUCAAGUCAGGUCCAGCAUCGUCAGUCAGGACAGAUCAUGGUGCUGAAAAUGAACAAGAUGAUGAGUAAUCGGGCAAAUAUGUUACGGGAGGUGCAGCUGAUGAACAGAUUGUGUCACCCCAACAUACUGAGAUUUAUGGGCGUCUGCGUACAUCAGGGCCAGCUUCAUGCCUUGACGGAGUAUAUUAAUGGUGGUAACCUGGAGCAACUACUGCAGAGCUCUGAGCCAUUGUCCUGGAGUGUGCGGAUCAAGCUAAGUUUGGAUAUCGCCCGUGGUCUGCGAUACCUGCACUCGAAGGGUGUUUUCCACCGAGACCUCACCUCCAAGAACUGCCUGGUGCGCUGUGAAGAUGGGCGCUUUUCUGCUGUGGUUGGUGACUUUGGGUUGGCAGAGAAGAUCCCUGAUAGCAGUCAGACGGAACCUCUUUCGGUUGUUGGGUCUCCAUAUUGGAUGGCCCCUGAGGUUCUUCGUGGGGAUCUUUAUAAUGAGAAGGCAGAUAUAUUUGCCUUUGGGAUAAUCUUGUGUGAGAUAAUAGCCCGGAUUCCAGCUGACCCAGAUUACCUUCCCCGCACUGAGGAUUUUGGACUUGAUACCAAAGCAUUUCGUGAGAUGGUACAGACAGACUGCCCCUCUGCGUUCCUGCAGCUUGCCUUUCAUUGUUGUAGGAUGGCCCCUGACACAAGGCCUUCAUUCUUAGAGGUCAGCCAACGACUUGAGGGAAUUCUAGAGCAUGUCGACAGAAAGAAAGUGAAACCCCCACUUAGAAAUUCUCAGAGUCAGGAGUCAGAGCUGAUAAUACCAAAACAUGGGAGAAAAAGCAGUAGUUCAAACUUGGAUAAUUCACCAAAGCUCUGGGAUCUUCCAACACCUCCUGACCAGCGCCUUUCUCGUAGCCAAUCAGACAUGCUCUCUCUGCAGCCUUCACACAUGCACUCUCAGGACUCAUUUGAUGACAUCUUGUGUGGCACCCCUGCACGAGUCAACCCUUUUUCACAGCGAGAGGACUUAAAGGGUGGCCGCAUCAAACUUUUUGACACACCGAGUAAAUCUGUAAUUUCUCUGACUUUUGAUCUUCCUCAACCAUCAUCCUACCAGCUAAACAGCCCUGUGACUCCUGAGCCUAUAUCAGAGGCUCAGGGUGAUUUCUCCCAGCCCAUUUUUAGGUCUCGACGAUGUAGAUCCCUCCCUUCUUCCCCUGAGAUUUUCCGUAGGGGGAAUACUUUAACUCCCACUUUAGAGAAUAUGGAUCAUGAUGGAGCAGAAAUAGAUGACUGGCCUCCAGUUUUUACAAAUUCAAAGAAAAGAAUUAAUGACUAUAGAGAAAACAAUCCUAAAUUAAAUGGAGGGAAUUACUCUAUGGGAGUGGAUCAUUUGUCUGAUAGUCUAACAGAAGGUAGAGAAGAAGUUAAAUCUUGUGACAAACUGGAAGCCAAUGGGAAAAUAAUAUGUGGGGAAGAUCGGACAUCCACAAAAAAAUCUGGAGAUGAUGAAUGGAUAAAGAUUAAUCAUGCAACAAAAAAAAGUAAUAAUGAAAGUUUUUUAGACUGUGUAGUAAAGUCUACAGAGGUGGUUAAGUGGAAUGGGGAUUGGUUUGAAGGAAUCUCUGUUCCACAAAAGCGAAGCCAAGGGUGGACAGAGGAGAACCAUAAUGAAAUCUCUGAUCACUGGAGAGGCAAAGAGCUUAUAAUGAGUAGCUUUGAACCAGACUCUAGGACUGAAGAAAAUAAGUUGAUCUCAGAGUGUAAGGUCUGGAGCAGACACUGGAAUCAAGACACAGAGGUAGUAGACAGACUUACCAAAUUUUUUCAUGUUGAAACCGGGGAAGCAAUGGAUUGUUCUAGCAGCCCCGAUAGCACUGAAGAAAAUACCUUUUGCCAGAGGUCUCAACAGUUCCAGGCCAGUGAACCAUUCCUUGCUAUUUCUCCCCUUCACUCUUCCUCCUCUUUGUCUCCAUCAUCUUCUCGCUCCCCCUCCCCGCCUGUUAGCACCUGGCAGCAGGAGCGUUUAGAGGCACCCAAUAAGUUAAGCUUUUCUGUCAACAACAAUGUUGUGUGCAGCAAACCCCUGGGGUGGGUAGGACUUAUACACCCCCAACCUCUGGGGUCCCUGGAGGGUAAUUUGUGGGAAGGCAACCUGCCAGUGUUGGGUUGUGAAGGAGUAGAGCAUGAAAGUACAGCUCCUCUCCAUGCAUCCACCAGCUCUAUUAUGGACCAUGAAGAGACAGUGUCCUGUCCCGCUUGCUGCCUGGGGGGAUUCAGCUUUAUAUCGGUAUGCCGACGGACUCCCCCUGACUCUUCCCGUUACCAAAAUCUGAACUCUGAGACUAGUCGUGGGCUUAUUCACACAGCACCUCGCCUCAGCACUCCCAGGCAUGGCCCAAGCAGGAAGCUUCCAGAAGCUCAGACAUAGGACUAGCAAUGCUUCAGGGUUGCAAAACCAGGCUGUUUUGAUGAUCUCAGCCAAAAGCUUGAUUUACGCACAAGUGCACGUUUGUCUAAAGAUGUGGGUGUUUUGUUUACAAAUUUGCAUCUGUGGUAACUUCCAGUUGGUCGCUGUCCUACCCAGGUCUGCUGCAUUAUCAUAUAUAUAAUGAUCCUGUAUUUUUUACUUGGAGCAGAUUUUGCCUUUCCUUACGAUGACCUGCACUGAUAAUUCCACUCUGCAGUUAGACUUCCCAUGAAAUAAUGAGACAAAGAGAAUUAUGUGUAAUAUUUAUUAUUAUGUAAUACAAUUUCUAGCAGCUGCAUCUUACAAUGUUGAUGCUCCAUGUUCCUCUCUGAUGCGCUGGAUUAAGUGAUGCAAUCAUUAAAGUAAUAGUAAAGUGUGUCUGUGCUUUUCAGCAUUUGAUAGAAUUAAAUUGGCUCAAUUCAUAUCAAUAUUAUAUUUAAUAAAAUAUUUUUGUUGGAAUCACACUUAUCUUUAAUAUCUGAAAAUGUGUGCUUUCUUAGACAAACAUAGGGCCCACCUGUCUAAUAGAUAUGGUCUUACUCAUUUAAUUAUUUCAAAUUCUGAAAAUCACAUUGACACACUUUACCAUUGCAUUAAAUAUAAAAUGUAAUUUAUUACAAGCAUUGAUGUCUUUGGUUGAAUAUGUAUGUUUCUUGAAUGUUAUAUAAUAAUUGUCUAUAAUGCUACUACAAUUCCUACCUAGUAUACUUUUUUCUGGUGAUAACACAUUUUGAUUACUGCUUUGCAUAUUUACUGUGGGGCUGUGCAAUGAUCACUGUUGAGGUUUUUCAAUACUAAAAUGUGCUUAUCUCCAGUUGAUUGUGUCUGGCAUAACAGUCACUUUUUAUUACAGAUGCAAAUUUACAACCUGGUGUGAAUGUUGCACUCUUGUGUAGAUUUGCUUAUGGUUUUCAAUAUGAGACACCACUCUUAUUUAGGUGUCCUCUUUGCAUCCCUCAGCCUAAAAGCACAAAAACCUCUAAUAAAUGCAACACCCAAAAGCAGUGUUGGUUCUUACUGUAAACCAGUCUAUAAAUGUCUGAUUACAGAUUAGGAGCAACUGACCUAACUAAUCACCUCCAUUUGAUUUUCUUUCCCUUUUUUAAGAUUAUAGGUAUCUGUUUAGCAUGAUAGCCUGUCAGCAUAAGCUUUUGUGUGGACCUUUUUUUAAGUUAUGCAAGGGUGUUAAGAACACAAGAAGUUAUUUCUUUUUGGUAACCAGAGAGGGCACUAGGGAAGAGAAGUAUUGGGUUCAGCUAAUCAUGCAGUGCUCUAAUUGAUUUGGAGCCAGUAGGAUUAUGCUAAAUAGAUUAUACAGCCAUUAAAAAAGGCAUGGACUACUUUUAGUUAGUCUGUGCUCUUCCCCUUCACCCAAGCUUCUGUCUUACUCUAAAAUCUGUCCUCAGGCAGCCCUACAGCAUACUGUAUUGUUGUGACCCUAAUUAAGCACUUUAAUCCCUUUUGUUCUUAGUUCUGCCACUGAUCUUGUGUUUGUUCUUACCAAGCACUUUAUGUCUUGUCACUGACUUUGCCUUAGAUGGUUAGUAAGUGACUGGCCCUGUCCCAGCAAUCAUCUUACACCUUGUGACCUUGCUCCUGUCUUAUAAAAUGCACUUUAUGUCUUGGCUCUCGCUUAAUCCUGGAGCGGACUCCUUUGGGAUCUUAAGCACUUAACCACUGUUAUUUGGACCAACAUCCAACCCUGUCACAGAUGUACCUGUUGUCCACUCAGCCUAGCAGCAGAAAUACAAUUCUGAUUACUAUUUAGGAGCAGGCAUUAGAACUACUGCAAUAAUUGUAGAUACUGGGCACACAAAUAUCCAUUACACACCACAUAUAGUUUCUAUAUACAGCUCUAUCUUCUCAGCUACCUCCGGCACAUAAAUGCAUAUUUAUCCAUGUGCGUGAUUGGGAGGACCUAUAAUAAAGUAGAUAAGGGUCCCUUUCUCCAACAUUGGUGUGUCCGGUCCACGGCGUCAUCCAUUACUUGUGGGAAAUGUUCUCCCCCA